AGAAUUUCUUCUGUUACCUGAUUCAAUAAGGUUUCAAUCAUGGAAGAUCGUUUUACAACACGGCGUAGAGCUAACUUAGAAUCCAUUGCCCAGCGAUUACUUGAAAUUUCCCAAAAAACCGAGGAAGAUGAAGCAAAUGAAGUUGGAGAAGAUGAUCAACACCCGAAGAAUGUGUUGAAUAUUUUGAAUACUAUCACAAAGGAAGGCCUCGAAAAAAUUGUGAAUGACAUAAUAGCAAAUGGAACAAUAAUUGAUGAGAUGUUUGUCGUACUUCAACGGUUUUCCGAGAAGCCAGCACUAUCAAAUCCAAUACAACGCCCUUUUUAUUCCAAUCUGGAUGACAAUGUUCCUAGUUUUCUUCGAAAUCUUCAAAAAUGGCGAUUAAGAGAUGAAUUGACAAAAAGCAUCGAGCAAGAAGAAAAAUUAAAAGCCGAACUGAAACAUGCGAACGAUCAGAUUAAUAUGAUUGUUGAACACAAUAAGCUGGAACUCGAUGCUCUUAAUAAAAUAAACUUAGAAGCAAAAGCCCAAGAGAAAAUCCAGGAAGAAAUCAUCCAGAGAUGCAUGAAACGCGUUGAGGACCUCGAAAGCAUAUUGGAGACAAAAGAACAAAAACUGAACGAUUUUGAGGAACGGGAAUAUGAAACGACCUGUCAGCUUACUAUGAAACAUUCGCUAGAAUUAGCGGAGAAAGAUCAAAAGAUUUUGGAGCUUGAAAAGUAUAUUAGAAACAACGAAAAUCAGGAUGUCGUUGCCCUUACUAGGGAAUUGGAAAGACUUAGAAGUCAGGCUACAAAAGACGAACCCUCAACUGAUGACUCGACAAUAAAAAUCUCGAUGGCACAACACAGAUUGGAACUCGAGGCUCAAGCAAAAAUGAUCAAAACGCUUGAAGCGGAAUUGAGUAAACGACAAGAAAUUAACGCUGAACAAAUUGAAAGAUUAAUCGAGGAAAGGAACUCGGAAAUUAAAAAUCUCAUCCGGGAGCAAUCAAAAGAAAUUCAUGAGAAAAAUGUUAAAAUUGCAAAGUUUGAAAUCAAAGAUUAUGCAAAUAUAUUCCGUCAAAUAUCGAAAAAUAUUUUUACGAACAAAGAAGCCCCAGGCCCAUCUGGUAGACCGAAAAAACGUCGAAUGGUUGACGAUCCUGAAGAUUUAUUCCACAACUAUGAAGAUUUGGACGAUGCAAAGUUUUUGGAAUUAGCAAAAAUAAUCGAAACUACGAAGAAAGAUGUUACCACGUUAAUUAAUACAGAAGGACCUUCAGAGGAUGUUUCGGGUAACUUUAUGGAAGCUAAAAAAAUCCACGGGGCGCUGGCCCAACUGAAAGAGAAAGAUCAAACAGUUUCUGAUCUCAAACAAAAGACCAAUCAGAAUAAUAAACGCGUGGAUCAAGAGGAUCCAAUAGAAGAAUAUGAAUAUGAUUAUAACGACGAAUCGGAUGGAGAGUCGGUAAAAAGUGAAACUUCUAGUUGGGACCAAAUUGAUGAUAUUUUUUGAAACUUCGACACACUUUUAAAGAAAUUUACCAGUCAGCAGGAAGAUGAGCAUGGACGAUCGUAACUCUGAAGCUUCAAGCUCUACAGCUCAUCGUAAAGGCACCGUUCCCUCUUCAGGAAAUAUCAAAAAAGUGAACGGGAAGAACUCUAAAUGCUUGCGCUGUGAGGUGGCAAAACAAAAAGAAAAACAAGAACGACGUCUUUUGAUAAAAUAUAUCUCUGGUGCUUUUCCUGGAAGUGGUUUUCUUGACAGUGAUAAUCCGUUCAAGAUACUAAAGGAUUUUCAAAAGUCUGCAAAUGCACAUGAGCGCUUGAAAACUGAACUCUGGCAGGCAAAUGAUCAAAUUGAGAUGAUUUUUGAAAAUAAUAAAUUGAAGACUAAAAAACUCGAAGAAAACUACAGAAAUGCAAAGGAUCAGCUCAAACUUAAGGAAGCGCAUCAUCUGAAGCUUACUCAGCGAAUCGAAGAUCUCGAGAAAAAAUUGGCAGAAAAAGAUGAACGGCUGAAUUAUCUGGAGCAACUUCCAAAUCAAAAUGAACUAUGUUCAAUGCUUCAGAAAGAAAUUUUGAAACUUCGUUCAUCGCCUGCUAGAGAUAGUGAAAUUGACAUUUUGAAGGAAAGUCUUGAAGCUCAGAAACAAUCUGAAACGUGGAAGAUCCAGAAGCUUACAACAGAGAAUAAGAUACUGAUGAAUGAAAAAGAUGAGAGAAUUUUGAAGCUUGAAAAGUAUAUUGAAAGCAUGAGAACCAAGAAAUUUUAAGAUUGAGAAAAGAGCUCGAGAGAAGAGAAAAUAGCUUGAGAGAAGCACAGUCUCGAAAUGAAAAAUCACAAAGUUUAUCAUCUCAAUUCAUGAAACAGAGGGAUCCUGACAUCGAAUUAAUCUACCACUCAGAAAAUAGAGGAAAAGCGAGCAGUAAAGAUAAUGCAAUGGAAACCAACUCCCAUAGUUCUAGUGGAACUAAAAAGAGAAGAGUUAUUUCUUCAGAAGAGUUGGAAGCUUCUUCCUCGUAUCCUAUCGCAAGCAUGAAGAAUUGUCUGAAAAAUGAAGAAAUUCAGAAAAUGCAAAAAGCUCUGAAAGAGAAAGAUGAGCAAAUUUCGAAACUUACCGAGCAACUUCAAGGACUUCUGAUUAAUCGGGACAAAGAAACAAAAGUGGAGGAUUU